GAAUCAGUCGUAGAGAAGCGGCGUGGAGUGCUGUACACGAGACUUAAAACAAGCGACCGCCUGUUGUUUCCGUUCAGUUUCACGGCACACGUGAUAGAUUCAUCCAAUCGCAGCUCCCGAACUCAGAUUUCUAAGAAUUGUUUUCGCUCACCGUUUCUUAAAAUAAACUCGAGUUUGGUUCGUUUUGCUCGGCUCUUGGUUCGCGCUGAAGCUGUCUUGUCUUUGUUGAGUGCGAAUUUGGGAUUAAUAUACGGAUAUCACUUGAGUAUUAGUGAAAGUGCCCUAUUUUUAUAACUCUGUUCGUUUGUUUACUGACUCGUUACAUCCUCAGUGAAUUGUGAUCCUAGUUAUGAUGAUGGUUGGUCGACCUUGAAGUUUGUUGGGAUUUGUAAUGUUAUGUUCUAAGGAGCCGUAGACGAAACAGCAUCUAGAAAUUACUAAAGAGUCAUGGAUUAUCAGAACUUAGAUAAUGCGAGCAAAGACGGCGAAAACCUGCAGGAUGACGAUGUCGAGUUGAGUGAUGUCAUUGAGGUUAUCCAAACCGAUCCAGAAUUCAGAGUGCCAGUUGUUACGGAAAACCGCGAAAUGUUCAACGGCGGAGGAGAGAUUUUGGUGCCUCGACGGGCAGCUCCAGCCCAGGCCCCUCAACAGUCGAAAAGACAGCAAGCCUACAUAAAGAUAGUGGAACAACCGGCCCCCAAAGCCCUCAGGUUUCGAUAUGAAUGCGAGGGUAGAUCGGCGGGGUCAAUCCCCGGAACGAACAGCACCCCUGAAAACAAAACGUAUCCCACCAUUCAAAUCGUAGGCUACCAAGGCAAAGCCGUAGUAGUCGUUUCCUGUGUGACCAAGGACAAUCCCCACAAACCCCAUCCUCACAACUUGGUCGGCAGAGAGGGGUGUAGGAGAGGGGUGUGCACCCUGGAAAUUCCUGUUGACACGAUGACUGUCCAGUUUUCGAACCUUGGCAUCCAGUGUGUCAAGAAGAAGGAAAUAGAAAAUGCACUACGCACGCGAGAAGAAAUAAGAGUUGAUCCCUUCAGAACUGGUUUCGCUCAUAGAAAUCAACCGACCUCGAUAGAUCUGAACACCGUUCGGCUUUGUUUCCAAGUUUUCCUAGAAGGUGACACUCCUGGAAAAUUCACCGUUCCCUUGAAGCCUGUCGUAAGCGAACCGAUAUACGACAAAAAAGCUAUGUCUGACCUUAGCAUAAUUAAACUAUCGGACUGUGUCAGCCCUGUGGACGGAGGUCAGAAGGACAUCAUCCUCUUGUGCGAAAAGGUGGCUAAAGAAGAUAUCCAGAUUCGUUUCUAUGAAGAAACCAGCGACUGGGAAGCCUUCGCUGACUUCCAACCCUCCCAAGUGCACAAGCAGCACGCCAUUUGGUUCAAAACGCCGAGAUACAAAACCCUGGACGUCACCGAACCCGUAAAAGUAUUCAUUCAGCUCAGGAGGCCGUCAGACGGCGCAACGAGCGAAUCUCUCCCCUUCGAGAUGUGGCCAUCGUAUCUGCUCAACUCAGAACCAUUGAAACGCAAAGAGCCAAAGAGACAAAAAAUUGAGGAUUUGAGGAGUUUGGAAGGAUCUGAGAUUGCAGGUGGAAAUCAAUUUGGCACUCCUUGUUUUUCUAUUAGUACCUCCAUCAAACCCGAACCAAGAGGUUCGCCUUCUCCAUAUGGAGGUUCUGUUAGUCCUUAUGGAGGGUCCGUGAGUUCUUUUGGGGGAGCAGCUAGCCCGCUUUAUGCUCCAAAUAUUAGUGCAUCUCCCCAGGUUCAGCAGAUAUGGGAUUCUCCCGCUCCAAUGACCCUCCAACCGCCUACAACAGCUACCCAGUACUGGAACAUAACCGGUGCCGAGCUGGCCAAUCCCAUGUCGGAACAAAACGAUCUUCUGAAUCUAGACAGCGGUGAAAUAAAACGAUUGGUAAGCGCUGUGGAUUCGCAGCACUCUCUUCCGGAUCUCAAUCUGUCCUUUUCCGACAUCAUGCCCGCCGUGGAACAGGCCAACAGCGAUAUCAACAUGACAGACUCCCUAACAAAGUUCACCAAUAUGGCUCUGAACGAGUUUUAUCAAAAUAAAUAGGUCUUGCAUUGAAUUGAAAGGUCUCAAUUGUGUAGCUGGAUUCAUGUCCAUGAGUACAAUUAAAGAAGAAGAAAACGCCGACCUCGUCAAUUACGGUCAUCAGGCCAUGUUUUCAUAUACGUAUCACUGUAGAUGGAUACUAGAUCAGAAUUUUAUGGGAAAAUUCACCUGUUUUCAAUUAAUUCGUUGUUAAUAUUCAAUUUUGAUAUGAGAACAGCAGUACACGGUGGUGUCCCUUGCCUGUACAAGAAACUACGUAGAAAAUUCCAACUGAUCUGCUUCUGUGUGCUAGUAGAUGUGACAAGAAAUUUGGCUGAUUUUGUGGUUUAAUAUUAAUUAUUUGUUGAGUUCUUCUGUGAUUUUUUGGAUUUUAUAUGUGCCUUGUAGAUGUAAAUAGUCUAUAUAUAAACUAUAGUUUAAAACAUGAAUAUUUUUUGUUUGUGUUUGAAACAUAAAUGUUAUUCACAUGGUUACUUGAAUAUUUUUUCAUAUAAUAGAGAUUUGUAUAUAUUUUUCCUAAAGUUUUGUCUAAUUA